CCCAUUACUCACGCUCUGAACUGUAAGAACACACAAACAGCAAAAAUCAUCACUAAAAUGAAGAUGAUUCUACCAAUCUUCUUCAUAUUUUCUCUCCUUUCAUCUUCCUCUUUCGCAUUAGUGCAAGACUUUUGCGUGGCGGACUUAAAAGCUGCCGAUGGUCCUGCAGGAUACCCUUGCAAGAAAACAGUCACCGUAAACGACUUCGUUUACUCCGGCCUAGCCGGUCCCGGAAAAAUCAUUCCGCUCAUCAAAGCUGCCGUGACACCUGCAUUUGUCGACCAAUUCCCUGGUGUCAAUGGGCUCGGACUGUCCAUGGCCCGUUUAGACUUGGAAGCUGGGGGUGUCGUACCAAUGCACACGCAUCCUGCAGCUUCAGAGGCGCUCAUUGUAGUUACAGGAACACUCUGUGCAGGUUUUAUUUCUUCGUCGGAUAAUAAAGUUUAUUUCAAAACUCUGAACAAGGGAGAUAUUAUGAUAUUUCCACAGGGACUAUUGCAUUUUCAGAUUAAUUCUGGUGGGGGUUCUGCUCUUGCUUUUGUCAGCUUCAGUAGUCCAAGACCAGGUCUUCAGAUUACGGAUUUCGCACUUUUCGCCAACGAUUUGCCUUCUGAAUUGGUUGAGAAAACUACUUUUCUUGAUGAUGCUACUGUCAAGAAGCUUAAAGCUGUUCUUGGUGGCAAAAACUGAGUAUCUCGUCCGGAGAUUUAUUGUGUUUCUUUAAUUCUUCAUGUUUGUUAAUUUUUGUUUUUAGUUUAGAAGGAUUCUGAGUUCAGGAUUCUUCUAUUCUGUGGCAGUUUGUGUCAGGUUUUUUUUUUCCUCAUUGUGUUGUUGAAUUUUCGAGUUGUAUUUUGAAUGGCAAUGCCUUCAUUUUA